AUGGUGGAUGUCUUUAUUUCCCCAUCUGAAGACCUGUAUGAUAUCCAUCCCCCUUCGGCCCCGCUUCGGUAUGAGAAUGGAAGUAUUAAUCACUGGAUAAUGACUGAUCUCCGCCAUCUGAUACAUUCCGCAUCAAAUCCUAUGAGCGGCGAAUUUAUCCAAUUUUUUAUCUAUCAGAUUCUUCGGGCUUUAAAGUACAUUCACUCUGCUGGUGUUCUGCAUCGUGACCUCAAGCCCAGCAAUAUUCUCGUCAAUCACAAUUGCGACUUGAAAAUAUGUGACUUUGGAUCGGCUCGCGGACAAAUUGACAAUCAAAUGACUGGCUAUGUCACCACGCGAUACUACCGAGCGCCAGAGAUCAUGCUGAAUCCGCAGAAAUACACCGAGGCUGUGGACAUUUGGAGCUCAGGGUGUAUUUUCGCGGAAAUGAUCCUAGCGAAGCCAUUGUUUCCUGGCAAGGAUCAGGUACACCAAUUUACGCUUAUUGCGGAGGUUCUCGGAAAACCACCAAAGCAAGUCAUAGAAAGCAUCACCAGCAAGACUACACUCGAGCAUAUCAAAUCACUGCCAGAAUCAAAGUCUCGCUCGUUUGAUACUUGUUUUGAGCAGACUGACCCCCAAGGUACGCUUUAUGCCGUAUCGGAUCUACUCAAUCGCUUCCAAAGAAACAUUCUUAUUUUAAAAGCUGUCCAAUUAUUAGGUAAAUUGCUCAUGCUGAACCCACGAGAGAGAAUCACAGCCGCGGCUGCUCUGGAGCACCCGUAUGUCUCUCUCUACCACGAUCCAGAGGACGAACCGGUUGCCGAUGAGCGGCUUGAUUUAUCUAUCUUGGAAACAGGGUUGUCAUCGGCUUCUUGGCACAAAAUUAUUUACGAUGAAGUCUUGAAUUUUCAUAGCAGUGGCUUGAACAUGCAAUGA